CAUCGCCGUUCGCAGCACCAAACCCGGCUUGUCCUCAGCGACCGCAAAGAUGGACGAAGCCUCCUCGGAACAACCCAUAGCCCCCAUUGCAUUUAAAAAGCGCUCUGCAAAGGCCAAGUCUAGUGUGCGCAAGAAAGCUCCGUCGCCACCACCCGCUGCCGAUUCGGAUUCUGAUCUGAGCUCCUUCGAAGACGAGGAUGAGGGCCGCGCCGUCAAGCGCCGGCGCAAGAAUGCCGUCAUAACAGCGUCUUCCACAUCUGCCCCGGCGAAUCGACAAGAGUCUGACGAACCGUCUGCAGCUCGUCCGCUCCCUGCCGGAAACGACGCCACUAAACACUCAAAUUGGUACGAUGAAGAGGCUGGCAACGAUGAGCUCAGCGCGAAGAACCUCCUCGGGAAGACGCGAAGCCGCCCAGGUGCCCCUGAAGGAGGACACGACGGAGUCUAUCGAGGAUCCUCAAAGUACCAAUCGUUCAUUCAGAAAAAUCCCGACGCUCCCUCAAAGCAGUUCGGCCCGAUAAAAGCACCAACCAAUAUCCGCACGGUCACCUUUACCGACUUCGCUCCCGAUGUGUGCAAGGACUACAAGCAGACAGGAUUCUGUGGGUUCGGCGACACCUGCAAGUUCCUUCAUGCCCGAGAAGACUACAAACAAGGCUGGGAGCUCGACCGUGACUGGGACAUCCAAACAAAAGGCAAGAAAAUUGUCGGCCGCACGGUGGCUUCUGCAAACAGAGAUAAGAGGCUCGACGAGGAUGGGAGCGACGACGAAGAAGAGAUGCUGGAGUCCAUUCCUUUUGCCUGCAUCAUCUGCAAGCAGCCCUACAAGAACCCUGUGACAACAAAAUGCGGCCACUACUUCUGCGAGUCAUGUGCUUUGCAACGGUAUCGGAAGAAUCCCUCCUGUGCAGCCUGUGGUUCAGGAACGGGAGGUGUCUUCAAUGUUGCCAAGAAGUUAACCAAACUCCUCGAAAGGAAACGGGAGCGAGCGCAGAGAAAGCGGGAAAUGGCCAUUGAAGCCGGAGAAGAAGUGAGCGAAGAGGAGAGUGAAGGGUGAAUACCGCCAGAUUUACAUCAACAACUGCGCACAACAACCCCCAAACAGACUGGGAAGUGUGAAGUGAACAUGCCAGCUAAAGUCUACAAAGUAUGGAGGGACAAACCCCUAGGCCCCAGUGUAUAAGACUGCUGUCACAACAGUAUAACUUCUCCAUAAGAUCCUCCCUAGACCCAUUAGCUGGUUGAAAGGUACCAUGAAACCCUUUCAGUUUCCCACUGGUAUAAAAACGAUCAAAGAGGCUCAAGUAAGACAUGUUUACCUGUCUUGCUGUCCUCUCUACACGGUUUACCAGCUCUAUCUGGUGAUCCCAAACCACCUGGGAGUGGCUUCAAUAUACCUGUCUAAUAUCUUCCAGUAUUCUUCCCCGAAAUAAAGCUCAUCAGCUUCUCUCAAAUCAGAUAGAGAUAGGAAUUACAAACCAAGAGAAUUUGCUCGCAUGCCAUC